AUGGCGCCGCAACCGAUCUUGCUGAGCCCAAGCGCUGUGGCAAAGCAUGGUAUCAAAAUCCGCGCGAACGAAUCCGCGUUCCGUGAGAACAGCGCGACGAUUGUGAUGCCGUCGAAGGAGGCUGCCUUUCUCAACCCUGUCCAGGAGUUCAACCGUGACCUGAGCACGAUCGCGAUCAUUACGUGGAGUAAGAUACUGGACUGCGAGAAGCGUCAACGUUUCGACGCGCGUAUGAAGGCCCGCAGCAAGCGCAGCAAAACGUCGGAACCAGACGCUAAGCGACUCAAGACAGACCAAGAUGAGGCACCUCGGGAGUAUCAGCCGUACAAAUUCAAGGCGCUAGAAGCGCUUAGUGCUACAGGCCUGCGCAGUAUUCGAUACGCCAAGGAAAUCCCGCUGCUAGGUUCCGUCCUCGCCAACGAUCUCUCCGCCACCGCUGUGCAAGCACUGCGACGGAACCUGGCGCUCAAUUUCCCCCCUGAUCGCCCCCUCGAGGAAUGGGCGCCUCUCCAGGCACACGAGGAGAAAGAGGAAACGCCAGCGCAGGAGGAAGAGAAGCAUGACGUUCACGCUAUGGACGCCGAGGAACCGCCAUCGAUGAAGAUUCAUCCUGAGUGCAAGGUCCAUGUGAACCAGGGCGACGCGAUUACCCUCAUGUAUAACCACCGUGACUUGCCGCUGCGUUUCGAUAUGGUCGAUCUGGACCCCUACGGCACAGCAUCACCGUUCCUCGAUGCGGCGGUGCAAAGCGUGAUAGAUGGCGGGCUGCUGUGUGUCACUUGCACAGACUUGGCUGUGUUGGCCGGCCACAACUACCCGGAAAAGUGCUGGUCGCUGUAUGGCGGUGUGAGUAUCAAGGCAGAAUAUAGCCACGAAGCGGCCUUGCGUCUCGUCCUGCAUGCCAUUGCCUCAGCGGCGGGUAAGUAUGGCCGCUACAUCCAGCCGAUGCUCUCGUUGUCGAUCGACUUUUACCUGCGUGUAUUUGUGCGUGUGUGGUCACGCCCUGAGACGGUGAAGCAGAACGCGUCCAAGACAGGCCUGGUGUACACUUGCUCGAAAUGCAGUGCCUUCCACGUACAGCCGAUGGGUCGUGGUACUGCUUCGACCAAUGCCAAGACCGGCCACGCCAUGUGGAAGUUUGGCUCGGCUUCGGGUCCGCCCACUGAUACCCACUGUGCUGAAUGUGGCGGCUCCUUCCACGUCGGCGGACCGAUGUGGUUUGGUCCCUUGCACGACAAGACAUUCUGCAAUGAGCUGCUAGCUACGCUGGAUAGCGGCAUGCACUCUGUGCAUACCGAGCCGCGCAUUCGCGGUAUGGUUACCACGGCGCGAGACGAAUUGGAUGUGCCUUUCUAUUUCCACCCAGCGAAGGUCGCUGGCCUGUUCCACUGCGCUAGUCCGUCCAUGUCGGAUGUCCUUAGCAACGGUCUUCUCAAUGCUGGUUUCCGUGUAUCUCGAUCUCACUGUAUUCCAGGGUCGGUCAAGACGGAUGCGACGCGAGCUGAUGUCUACGAUUUGUACCGUACAUGGAUUCGCACGCAUCCCGUGAAUCCGGAGCGGCUGAAGGAGGGAUCGUCAGCCAAGGGCCUGCUUUCGCGCGUCGAUGACGAUGGUAUGCCUAUGACGCGACGCGACUAUGACUUGGCCACAGAGCACCCAGAGACCAACAAGGUGAUCCAAGGCGCGCAGACAGAGAGCAAAGCGGUGCGCUACCAAAUGAAUCCCCAAGCCAACUGGGGCCCCGGUACUGCUGCCAAGGGCCACAGGAAACGCGUCCACCGCAGCUUGGCGCCUGAAGAAAUCGCACGACGCACGCAGGAAUGGCGUGAGAAGAAGAACGAGGAUACUGCCUAA